AUGAAAUCUUUAAUGGUGUUUGUGGCAUUAUUUGCUUUAACACAAGCUAAUAAAAUUGGAUACAACUACGAUAGUCAUAAUAUUAACUCCGGUACUAACCACUCACCUCUACCUAAUAUUAUAUUACAAAAAGAAUUUUACAUAUAUUCCGCACCCGAAAACGAAUUCGAAGAUGUUCCAAACAUCGGGGAGCUAACAAAAACACGUAAAAUGAAUUUACGUGUUAUUUUCAUACGAGCUCCUGAAAAUAAUGGUCUUGCUAAUGCGAUUACAAAUUUAGUUAGAAAUAGAGCUGAAAGUAAAACGGCCAUUUAUGUUCUUACGAAACAAACAGAUAUUGGUAGCUUAACUCAGCAAUUACAAAAUCUUAAGACUCAAAAUCACAAUAAACCAGAAGUACGUUUUGUAAAAUAUCGCACCGAGGAAGAAGCCAUUAAUGCUCAACGAAUUAUACAGCAGCAAUAUGAAACGUUAGGUGGUAAGACUCAAGUGCACAAUGGUGGUGUAGCACCAGUUUUUGACUUCACUACUAAGGAACCGGUACAACAAUCACUGACUUAUACAAGUCAUCCCAGCAGUCAGUUGUAUAUACCACCAAAUGUUUAG